UGCUUUGUCCCGCCGGUGGGGCCAGGAUGUCGGAGCGCGCCGACCUGCUGCGCUUCAAGUUCGACAACUACGGCGACUCGAUGUUGCAGAAGAUGAGCCGGCUGCGCGAGGAGAACAAGUUCUGCGACGUGGUGGUGCACGUGGACGACGCGGAGGUGCACGGGCACAAGAUCGUCUUCGCCGCCGGCUCCCCCUUCCUGCGCGACCAGUUCCUGCUCAACGAUUCCCGCGAGGUGAAGAUCUCCAUCCUGCAGAGCUCCGAGGUGGGCCGGCAGCUGCUGCUGUCCUGCUACAGUGGCGUCCUGGAGUUCCCCGAGAUGGAGCUGGUGAAUUACCUGACGGCCGCCAGCUUCCUGCAGAUGAGCCACAUCGUGGAGCGCUGCACGCAGGCCCUCUGGAAGUUCAUCAAGCCCAAGCAGCCGCUGGAGGGCAAGGAGGACUGCGAGCGGCAGAGCGACUCCUCGGAGCUGAAGGAGCCGCCGGGCGACGAGGACGACUCCCUGCAGCAGGACUCGCCGGGCGUCCAGCCCUCGGAAGACAGCCUGGACAUGGAGGAUAGCGACAUCCAGAUCGUCAAGGUCGAGUCCAUCGGGGAGGUGUCCGAGGUCAGAAACAAAAAGGACGCGGCCCCGUUCAUUUCUUCCGAGCAGACCGCUCUGCAUUCCUCCGAGCCGCAGCACUUUUUAAUCAACUCCACGGUGGAAAACCGAGCAAAUGAAAUCGAGCAGAACCACCUCCACAACUACGCCCUUUCCUACGCCGGCGGCGACAAUAUCGUGAUGGCUUCUAAAGAGAUGUUUGGCCCCAACAAUCGAGGCAUAGACAAAGGGCUCCAGUGGCAUCAUCAGUGUCCCAAAUGUACCAGGGUGUUCCGGCACCUGGAAAACUAUGCUAAUCACUUAAAAAUGCAUAAACUGUUCAUGUGUCUGCUGUGCGGCAAGACGUUCACUCAGAAAGGCAAUCUCCACCGGCACAUGAGGGUACACGCGGGGAUCAAACCUUUUCAGUGCAAGAUCUGUGGGAAAACGUUCUCUCAGAAGUGUUCCUUGCAGGACCACCUAAACCUGCACAGUGGAGACAAGCCCCAUAAAUGUAACUAUUGUGACAUGGUUUUUGCACAUAAACCUGUCCUGAGGAAACACCUUAAACAGCUACACGGUAAAAAUAGCUUUGACAAUGCCAAUGAAAGGAAUGUUCAAGAUAUAACGGUUGACUUCGACUCAUUCAGCUGUAGCACCGCUACAGACAGUAAGGUCUGUCAGCCAGCGGAUGCGAGCCAGGUACUAGAUGCAGGAAAACUGGCCCAGGCUGUGCUCAAUUUAAGGAGCGAUAGUACUUGUGUCAACUAAGCAGCUGCGCUGCGGAAGCAGCCCUUUGGAAGUGUCCUGGGUGAGAGGGACAAGUUUGGUUCGGUCUCUUUGCCAAGCAGGUGGCCUACUCCGUAAGGCUGUAUACAGGAGGAUUGAAUUACAAAGCGUAACAGGUCUUCAGCCUUCAUUCUAGUCGCUGUUAUUCACCAAAAAUAUCAUCUUCCUGCAAGUUUCUACCUGUGCCCCUAGUGUGGAUAAUGGGGUUAUAUUGACUGCCUCAUUUUCUCCGAUUGAGUCUUGGGCAGUGAUUCUCAACUGAGGUCCCUCCAAGGCUGCUGUGGUGUCCGGCCCCUGUGCCAGGAGGAAAACAAUCACUUCUCCUCCUGCCAGGCACCCCAGCAUCCCACAGGCAAGAGGUUUCACCUGGCUGCGCCCCACGCCCAGCAGCUCCCACAUCAGUCCAUGAUCUGGCAGUGUGCUCUGCUGCAUGCGGACAGGCAGGUGGAUGGACAGCUUGUCCCUCCAACCCCGCCUUCUCCCAUGCUUCUGAGGCUGGCAGGGGGGGGGUUGCAGGUGUGUGUGGCCCCAGAGGUGCAGUGUUUUCCCCCUUGCGUAUAGACCAGGGGCUGGGAGGGGACAGGCAGUGGAAAAAGUAGAGUACAGUGGGGUAAAGUCCUGCCCCCACCCUCCUCGCCUAGCAUCAGUUAGGUUCUAGCUCAGUGGUUCUCAGCUGGUAUGCCACUAAUUUUCACAGAGCUAUAAAGGGGUGCCUUGAGUCUAAACAGGUUGAGAACCACUGAUCUUGGGACUAAUGUUUUCUGACAGACUUGCUGUAGGCUGCAGAGAAUCCACCUGUACAGUUAACGGUCUCUCUGCAACUGGGCUGAUGGAGAAAACAGCCAGACAAGUCUUGAGACACAGAAACCCACCUUUUCCAAAAGCACUGGAUAUUUUGAGAGCACUCCAUGUAGUUAACCAUUAAUUUGUGUAUCAAGACAGUUGUUUUCCGAUCCUACCUUAGGCCCCUAAAGUUAAAUGCUUUUUUCUGUGUCACUUCUUGUCCCUUCUAAACUGUGUUACCAAAUUCCCUCUGCUAAUCAACCCUACCCCAAUUCUCAGGGUUUUUAACAUAGAUGUGCAUUACAAGAAACUAAAGCCCUGAAUAGUCUAGCUUGGUCAGUUAAUGAUUUUGUGGGAUUCUUGAUGAUGAUGAUAAAGCAUAGCCCUUCAGGAGUGAGACUGACCACCUAGAAUCAAGGUAUGAGUUUUCUGUUGGGGCUACUAAAAGGGCACUUACCACUGUAUGUACUGAGACAUGCUGAAGACUUCAAAAUAAAACUAUUGUCCAUCUUCUGUAA